GCUAUUUCUAUAUAAUAAAGCCAUCUAUGACGUCCUGGCCUUCUUUUUACUGUCUGUCUCAGUACGAAUCUCCCAUGACGUAACAGUUUCGACCCGUCCACACAGCCCUACAGAAUCACUGGACAGUACAGAUUCCCCCCUCCCCCGGUAUUUCUGCCUGCAUCUAUAGGGAAGAAUAUUUUUUUGACUUUCGGCCGCAACUCGGCUUUGACUGAACCUAUUUCUGUAUUGUACUGAGAGAUACUCCGUCCAGCGUGUAGAGGAAACAAAUCAAUCAGUACUGACUGCUUUGCACAGGCCGAACGGGGCGUGGGCGCCCGACCCCUCAUCUUGCCUGUCACCUGCCUUUGUCGCGAGACAAACAGGACGAGCUGACGCCUCGAGCGCUUCUCCCAUCUCAGCAGCAGGAAAAAGGAUUGACAGAGUCCUCGAGAAGAGAAGAGACUGAAGAUGGCGUACGAUGGCUACCACCCGUCUAACCCAUACGACCAGAUGGGAAACCUGAGCCAGCCUGCGCCGUUCGCACCGCCGUAUCCAUCGCAGCAGUCGCCCGAUCAGCUCAACAUGCCUUCUUACCCUCCUCCAUCGUCUCAGCAGCAGCAUCUAUCGACUCCCUCGCCGAGUUUCAGUGGCCCGCCCCCCGAGCCUUCGUUCCAUCCCCAAGGCCAACCGCCGCCACCACCCGGGAACAUCAACGAGGCCGUUAGCUCGGCAUUCUACAAGACGGCCACACCGGCGUACCUGACGCCUGAGAUGCUGUCUCAGAUCACGGCGACGGUCAUACAACAACUCAAGGCGCAAGGGUUGGAGAGUAAUCAGCCUGGUCAGCAGUACCAGACACAGCCGCAGCAAACGCCGCCGCCGCCGCCGCCGCCGCCGCCACCACCACCACUACCACAAGAAUACCAGUAUCAACAACAGUCACAAUGGGUGCAACCGCCGCUUUCACCAGCGGUUCCGGAUCUCACUCUCCCGACCAUGAACACAACAGACUACCCGCCUCAUACCCCGUCCGCAAGUCGAUUCUCGACCAAUCCUCGUCCAAGUCCGAGGCCAUCGCCCGCUCCUGGCACGGAACGACGGGGGUCGAUCUCGAGCCAGGCCAGCGGGGCGAGUCAAAAGGAUGCCCGGCCGAAACCGCCCUCACGGUCCAGGGACGUCACCGUCAUGGAGAUGACGACGCUCGAGCGUAUCUGGGGCAAGUUGUUUGACGAGGGAAAGCCGACGGAGAGGUUGGGCCAGUUUCUGCGCGGGAUCGCGGUGCACAUGGUAAGUAGCCAACAGUAUCUAACGACUAGCAUUUGAACAGGUCCCAUCUAAUACAGUUAGAUUGAGGAUUAUCCACCCGGUAACACGAUCGUUGUCGUUCCAGAUAAGAUGCAAAAGUUUUACAAGGAUAAUCACGUGGCUUUGGAUCCUUAUCCAUGGGAAGGUAGUUACUUCUGACUUCUUUUUUCUUCUUCUUUUCUUGUUCUUUUUAUGUCCUGCUAACUAGAUAGAUAUCUUUGAUGAUCGCACCUCCUCCAUCUCGCGACUGUACCGUGAAGUCGA